AUGAACACCACUUGGACUUUGCCAGACCGGCCGCUGAGUGUCAAGGAGAUUGACGUGGAGGCCAGAAAGUUCGAGUUUAAUGGUCUCGUCGCCCUGAAGCAAUGGCUGCGCGCCGCCGAUACCCUCCUCCGUCAGGGCAACAUGUAUGCUCGGGAAGGCAACAUGAGCCAAGCCUACCUCCUCCUCCUCCGAUACUCGACCCUCGUUCUAGAGCACCUUCCCAAGCAUCCCGAGGCCAAGACACCCGAAGGGAAAAGGGGACUGAAGCCGCUCGCUGCGGGCCUGCCAAAGGUCAUCGACACGCUGGCCCACCUGAAGCCCCAGAUUGCCGAAGCCCACGAUGAAUGGGUCAAGAUACAUGCGAGCCAGCGCGAUGGAUCCGUUCAGCUGGAAGGAGAGAAGUCCCCCUACGAGAAACAGGCGGCGAGGGAUCCAGCACUGUCGUGGAACCCAAACGUCCGGGCCAAGCUGUUGGAUGCAGGCGAGCAUCAGGACCUGGCAGUCGACCUUGCCCAACGAGAAAUCAGACGGCGAGAUGCGGCUCGUAAGGCGACCCGCCAAGCUGGGAUUUCGGAAGAGGAAGAGCAGGCACGACGCGGCGCUGGACUCUGGGACGACUGGGACAUUCCUGUCCCUCGGGAUGGAAGGGGCGCUCGUGAUGAUGGUGAUGACAUCAGGCGCAACAUGGACGCUGCGCGACGCAGACUGGACCAAAGCGACCAAGCCGGACGACCACCAAGCCCGGACAGCAACUACUCAUCACGACCAAACAGCUACAGUGUUUAUGAUCGACGACCAUCUUACCAAUACCCUUCCAUUUCGAGAUCCUCGGUGCCGCAGUACGAGGGUUCUGUCGGUGACACGUACAACCGCCGCCCUGUUCGCCCACCUCCUCGUCCAGCGAAAGAGCCCUCAUCGCAGUCCCGUUACGAGCCACAGUCCGCCCCUCCGCGACCGAACAAGGACCCUGUCGCCUCACUCGACUCAGCAUAUAACACGUCCUCGCCGACCGGACAGCCCCAGGCCCCAGAGCUGCCACCGAAGUCGAUGGACCGGAAAGAGCGCUACACCUUCAGGCCAGCGGCCUACCUCGAGAAUGGCACUCCUAUCCGGCCAGUGUUCCUGCCAGAUAGGCUGCGUGACGAGUUCCUCACCAUUGCUGCACAAAACACUAGAAAGGGACUCGAGAUGUGUGGCAUACUGUGCGGGACAUCAGUCAACAACGCCUUGUUUGUAAGCUGCCUCGUAAUACCAAAGCAGACAUGCACCACCGACACCUGCGAGACGGACAACGAGGAAGAUGUCAUCGAGUUCUGCAUGAGGGAGGACCUCAUGGUGUUUGGAUGGAUACAUACCCAUCCGACUCAAACGUGCUUCAUGAGCUCCAGAGAUCUGCAUACUCAGUCUGGCUAUCAGGUCAUGAUGCCGGAGAGUAUCGCCAUCGUUUGUGCUCCAAGAUCUGACCCUUCCUACGGCAUCUUCCGACUCACGAAUCCACCAGGGCUUGACCACAUCCUCCACUGCACACAGUCCUCCACCUUUCACCAGCAUAGCAUCAACGGUCUGUAUACCGACGCUAAGCACCCGGGCGGCCAUGUCUAUCACUCCAACCAGUUAGAUUUUCACAUUGAGGACUUGCGUCAGCCCUCGAGAAUAUAG